AUGUCGGCCGCCUUCCGCACACUCUACGCCGCCAGGAGCGUCGUCAACACCCCGGCAGCCCGCCAGUCCGGCCUCGCCGCCCAGGCGCUCCGCCUUUCUCCCGUCGCCUCGUCCUCGUCGACUGUUUCUGCUGUCCGCUUCUCGUCUUCGUGGUCCAAGCCAACCUCGUUCGUCGACCAGGGCUUCACCACCAGGGACUCUGCCGCCGCUCCUGCUCCGGGCCCCACCUCGACCUCUCGCUUCAGAGGCCUGCCAAAGUUUGAGUUUGGACAGAACGUCAUCCCCGAGAAGGACACCGAGCCCGACGCGUGGUGGCGCGACGACGGGUCGUUGAACAAGAACGACGCCUGGCCCGGAAACCAGUUCACGGGCCGCAGCGAGGCCGUCAUGCACAAGACCUACGCUAUUGCUCAGCGCACCGUGAACGGCAUCAUGGGCAGCACCGGCGCCAAGAGGGAUAUCCGCGCGGGCGAGUACCACAUCAAGCCCAACGUUCUGAGGUGGCGUACAAAGGGCCUGCGCUUCCGUCGUCGUUUCCAGGAGGAGAUCCGCCAGCGUGUGCAGCUCGUCCAGAUGCUCCGCGCCCGCAAGUAG